AUGCGGAUUGGUGGAGCAUCAGAUCCAGUGUACGAUGAGUACAUAACCGCGCUAGGAGAUGAUAUGAAGGGUUUGGCUGACAAGUUUAAGGCGUUGGGUCUGGCUACCAACAGCAUGCAGGUCCACAUGGCGGUGGCCAUUCCGCACACAAGAGGCGGCAAGCUGGUGGCCAAAGGGACAUUUGUGAAGGCGUCGCCUCGAGAGUGGUGGUAUUCGGACGUGGCACUGCUCAAUGACAAGGGUGGGGACUGGUAUGCAAAAUGUCAGUGCAUUUUCAAGGCGGUUGACUGUGAUGGGGAUUGGAAGGGGUACGCAUAUGUGAGGUACUAUGAGAAGGCUGGGAGCUGCAACCUCACGGGAUGUACGCAGCUGCACAAGACAGUGGAGGAUGUGAGGUUCUCGGUGGUGGAGCUGAAAAGCCUGCAGAGAGUGGUGCACGUGUGCCCUUCGUACAGCAACAAAAAGGCCCUGCUUGCUACCGCACAUCCGGAUGACGUGUUCUGCUUCCACGAGAUUAAUUUUCUUCCCAGCCAGCUGCCGAAGUCGUACAUUCCGGAUAAGUGCAAUGUGGUGGAGCGUAUCGUCAGCGUCGGCAUCCUCUACAAUGCAAUGGGGAGUUGUUCCGCAGUGCCUCUGGUGGUGCUAGAGCCAUCCAAUAGGCCCGAGCGCCGGCGGGCGAGCGCCGCAUCGCGCAAGGUGGCCGUUCGCCGUGAUUGCAACACCAUCAUCCUCACCAUUCACAAGGCGCAUCGCAUCACAGGCGAGGUGGCGCCGCCCGUCACGGAGCACGACUUUAGUGUGCAGCACCUCACAAACACCCGAGUCGUCAACAUUCGUGGAUCGGUUCCAAAGACGGGCCUGCCGCACCUCCAGGGAGUGGGUGAUGCGCUGAAGGCGUAUUACCGCGUUAUGCUGAUGAGGCGUGCGUUAGGGUCCAAGCGGUUCCAGUUCGACUAUUCGGCUUCCAUCGCUGAUGUCGACUAUAACGACAUACUCGAGUGGCUGGGAGAAGCGUGGACUCGUGUGCGCGCGGCUACCAUGCAGCGGAGCUGGUGGCGUGCAGGAUGCGUGCUGGCGAGCUGGCCGCCCCUGAUGGCGUACCUAGGUGACACGUGCGCAACCGGCAUGUUUGAGCCUAUUAUUUCGGUAUGCGUCGAUUUGCAGUUGCUUAUCAAGAAGUUCAAGGUAAGGCCUGUGUGCUACAUGACGGCCGCAGAUUUUAUCAACUGCGACGCGGAACUAUGCGUGGAACAGGGGUUCAGAGCCACACCUGCUGCCAGCGCGUUUGAUGACUCGUCGGGCGACAUGAGCCUGCCAAACGGCCCAUUGCUACGGGACGAGCGCAGCAAGAGGCGCGUGAUACCCAACGUCACAAACGUGUACGUGGAGCGUGCCGAUCAGCUCGGCGUCCCCCCGGUGGCUGUGCCAGCAGAGGUCGGAGCAUUGAACUAG